AGUCUCAGGCUACCACAACGAGAUUAACAGCAAGGAGAACCGGAUAGAGAGGGAACCUGGAAGAGCUUGGUGCCCAGCCCCAGCCGUGAAGGAUAGGAGAUAUCUGUGUGAACCACACCACUGCCUGGGCAAAGAGGUCAGCCCUCCUGGACACACCAUCGGGGCGCUGAGGAUCCUGACUGAUGCAUGUUUACCUUGACCUGACUUCUGGAAAAGAACAAGUGCUGCUCUGAAAGUUUGCUAGUACUGAGGACAAGCUUGGCUAAUAAAAGAUACAUGGGACACACGCACCAUUAGAGGUCAGAAAAGACAUUGAGCUUGAAGCCCCUAGAGCUGCACAGGAAUAAUUGGGUCACACAGCCUGGAGACCAUGGAGGGGGAUUGUCUGAGCUGCAUGAAGUAUCUGAUGUUUCUUUUCAAUUUCUUCAUAUUUCUGGGAGGGGCCUGCCUUCUAGGAGUUGGGAUCUGGGUUAUUGUGGAUCCAACAGGAUUUCGAGAGAUCGUGGCUGCCAACCCUCUGCUCUUCACGGGAGCAUACAUCAUGCUGGCAAUGGGAGCGAUGCUCUUCCUGCUGGGCUUUCUUGGCUGCUGUGGGGCCAUCCGUGAGAACAAGUGCCUCCUGCUCUUUUUCUUCAUGUUUAUUUUGUUAAUCUUCCUGGCAGAGCUCUCGGCUGCAAUCCUGGCUUUUAUCUUCAGAGAGAAUCUGACCAGAGAGUUCUUCACCAAGGAGCUAAAGAAACACUAUCAAGGGAAUAAUGAGACUGAUGUCUUUUCCUCCACUUGGAACUCAGUUAUGAUCACAUUUGGCUGUUGCGGAGUGAAUGGGCCAGAAGAUUUUCAAAUGGCUUCUCAUUUCCAGCACCUACAUUCAGGUGAUGCCGUACCAGAAGCAUGUUGCCAGCGAGCACUCCAGACCCGGGAUGGACCAUUCAUUAAGAAGGAAGACUGCCUCCAAGGAUUGGAAAUGUACCAGAACCGACAGGGCUGUUACACUGUGAUCUUGAUCUCCUUUGAGACCUACGUGUACCUUGCAGGAGCUCUUGCCAUUGGAGUGCUGGCCAUUGAGCUCUUUGCCAUGAUUUUUGCAAUGUGUCUGUUUCGAGGGAUCCAGUAGGAGGUGUCCCAUGAACAACUGUGAUGAUCCCAUGGGCUUGGGGGAAAAGAAAAAAGGAGGAGGAGGAAAAAAGAAAAAAAACUCUAUUUUUUUUAACAAUAUUGGGGGAAAAAGGGUUGUGUAAUAUAUGAAUGACCAAAAGGAUUGUACUUCAGGGGCUGGAACUUUGAGGUGCUGUGCAUUACACUACAGAGACCAACCUUCUCCCAGGGCAGCCUGCACUGCUGUUGUUCAGGAGCAAAGCACAACUGAUUGCACUAGGGACUGAAGAACGCUGCAGGGAGGUUGGGAAGGGAAAUAACAUGGUGCCCCCUCAGUGCAGAAAAAUGCCUGGUGUUCAUACCUGUAUCAUUUAUGUAGUAAAGAAAGAGAAUAGCCAAGUGCAACACAGUGGCUAGAUUCAACACACACAGGAGCAGGUUAGCCAAAAUCACAUGGGUGUAAAGGUCAGGAAGGUUUCGGACAAGCAGGUAAAAAGGGUUUUUAGUACCAGAAAACUGUGGCAGUUUCUUAGUUGCUGAUUUCAAAUUUGGACUGAAAUUCACCAAUCAGGAAAUGGAAGUGUGUGUUUACUAGAGGAGAGCCAGCCCAUUUCUCUUAACACCUCCAGAAGAAGCGGGCCGCCUUGGACUGCUGGGCCUGGGACAUGUCUUCCCCUGGAGUUCCCACCAUGAGGGAGGAGAGUACUUGGUUGGAAAGGCAGACGAGCCCAUGUGGAUCUGAGUGGGCUGAGAUGUAGUCAGAAGUUUGGUUCAUAUCUUUCCUUGUUUCUCUGUCAUGUUGGUUGUCUGUUCAGCAUUUAAUGAGAGAAGUGUGAGCAGUUCCCAGUUUUAUCUCCUCUCCUCUUUAAAAAUGAUUACUAAUUAGUCUGCACAAGGAAAGCUUACACUGCCACCCUCAGGAGAGCAGGAAUAUUGUUUCUCCUCAGAAUCCUUGCUGCUUCUCAUACAUUGAAGAAUAGUUUGUAUUUUGUAGUGCUUAUCUGCAUUGAGUCCCAGUGUCUUCCAGCCAUGUGAGGAAUUCCCAGACAUGGUGCUGGUAGCAAAGUGGACUACUUGCAGUUGUCUCCCACUCUGUUUGUCACUGUAAGCCUUGUGGCUUCAUUUCUGCUCUGAAAAUUGCCUCACAGCUUUUCCCAUAGGACCAAGAAGAGUGAUCAGGAGUCCUGAACUUUGCUGCCUGUGUUUGGUAUCCCUGAAAUGCAAUUUUUGUCCUGACUUUGUAAAUAUGGUUGGCAUUGCAUUUUAACAAAGCAUAUACAGUGAAUUUAACUUCCAUCCAUAAUGACAGGACAGGAUUUUUUUUGUGAUAUCUUUUAUUGGACAAACUAUAUAGUUGGCAGAGAUUUUGGGCAAGCUUUCAGGAACAAAAUACCCUUCUUUAGGCCUUUCCUGAAAGUUUGUUCAACAUCUUUCCCAAUUAUACAGUUGGUCCAGUAAAAUAACAAAAGAAUAAACUCGAAAAAGCACCUCCCCACCCUCCAAAAAACCCUUGCCUCUUGUGCUAAGAUGGCAGACUGCUCCAUGUUGACUAAUAAGCUCUGCCUCCUGAUACAACUGAUUAGCCUGCCCUUAGCACCAUGCUACUUAGCAGCUAAACUACUUCUGGCUCUGGCUAGGCUAAUUCUACUCAUGGGCUUCAGAUUGAUGGAGUGCCCUCAGUUUUGGUUGCCAGAGGUUGGGUACCUUCUUGAAAUAUUACUUUCACAUUUACAUUAUCUCGUGCAUUUAGUCAUUUAACAAACACUCUUGGCAAAGGACCUGGAUCCUAGGGUACAAAGAACAGAAAUGAAGCUCCAAGCCAGACAGUAUUUAGAGUGAUAGAAGUGGGUCUAUUCUAUAGCACGGGUUCUGUUCUCACACUUGAGCAAUUACAUCAGGACAAAGGAAACCCAUUAAAAGAUUAUCAGGCCUGAGCACUGCUAGACCAAGAACCCUGACCUAAAAUGCACCAAGAAAUAGGUUGCUGAUGGAUGAGGAAAGAACAUCACAACCUCACAAAUAGCUUUGCUGAUGACUAUGGAAAUCUUUCACUGAAUGAAGGGAUAUGAAUCUAUUCACUCCAGAAAGAAGGGCACAGUCAUGAAAAAAGCCAGACACCACUCACAAAUGAAGUCAGCAGUGAGGAAAUGAUGAAGAUAUGAUAAGGUCUGUUCACCACUGAGGAGUCUUAGAUGCUGUGUUAAAGUUCCCUCAAAUGGGUUCCUAGAUGGUCUCUCCACAGGAACUGUUUUUAAUGGUGCAUGAAAUUCUGCCCAGCUAUACUAUGAAGGAAAACAGCUCUACGAGGCAGAGACAGUGCCUGCCUCUCUUUGGAAGUCUGUAAUUUGUACCUAAAGUGCCAAAAAUCUGCUGCACGUAAAGAAAACUCCUAUGCUAGACUAUCCUGAGUCAUCAGCCAGCCGUGGCCUGUUGAGGGGCAUAGGAAACUGAUCUUUGUAAUGGGAAUAAACCACAAGGGUAGGAGAAGCCAUCUAAAUGUGCCUCUCUUGGUACAGGGCAGAAAAAUGGUGGGGGGAGGGAAAGCUGUCCACUGCACCAAGUGACUGUUGCUCUCUGGUGGAAAGCAAGGUGGGGGGGUAGUGAUAUUUUUUAUUGGAGCAACUGUGUAGUUAAUAUCUCUCCCAGCUAUACUGUUGGUCCAGUAAAAGAUACAAUCAAAAAACACCCUUGCUUCUCCCAUAUUUCCUGAAUCAUUACAGUAGAAAAACACUCCAACCUUACUCUCCAUUGGGGACAUGAUUGGCAUUGGGGAAGAAAACCCAGUAAAAUAAGAGUUGUUAAUGAGGAAAAGUAACCAAUAUCAAACUGGCACCUGGCCUCUUUCCUUUUCCGUUCACCCCUCUUAAUGUCUUGCUCUUUAUUGAGAACAAUCUGUUAAAAUCAGAACUUGCAGUUUAGCGGGGGGCAAGGAAGGUCCUGGCUAACACAGGCCCACAUAAUUGAAUGCAAAGAAGACCAGGUCUCCCAUAAGGGCAUAGAAUAAGCUUCCAACUCACAAGAUGUCCUGCAAUGCUCCUUCCUCAGACUGCGAGCUGAGGAGAACCUGUGAGAGCCAAAGGAAUAAAUACGGGAGCAGCACAAAAUGUUGUCUUUCCAGGCUUACCUCCUUCUCGUUUUCCUCAUUCUUUGUUCCUUUCCAAAGUUUCACUUUCAAAUUUCCUCCCUUUCCAUUUUCCUUUAUUUUAUCAUGUCUGUUCCCACUCCUCCAUCUAUUUUAUUCCCUCAGCUCUCUCAUCUCUUCUUGGACCUCCCAUUUUUUUUCUGAGGCAAGAAUGUUUCUUUCUGAUUUCAACCAUACAUCCUGAUUGUCCCUUCUUAUUCUUCUCCUUUGGUCCACUUUUGGCUUCUUGGAGCUAUUGUUGCUUACUGGUCUCCUCUAUUCUCUCAUUCUCCCCUUCUUGCUGAGAUCUUCACACCCUCCUUUUAAGGACCAGAAAGUGUCAUUUUGGACAUAGCUGAGAAGCCAGGAAGCAACCCACUCCAAUAAAGAAAUGGAAAUAGCUGCUAGGAGACAUGCAAGCCCCCAGUGCAGGUUACAAUCAUUCCAGGGAAUAUGGAGCCAAAUGGGAAUAUGGGGAAAUGUCCUCUGCAGAAUUGGAAUGAAUGGGAGGCCCCAGAAUUGAAAAUCCUUUGUUACUUGGCAGCACAAAAGUGGUUUUGUUUUUUGUUUUUUUUUUACCACAGUGAGGUGAUGCUGCUGACCUCUGGUCUCAUGCUGCAUAAUAACCAAUGUGUUUUGCUCAUUUUGGAACACUAGGCAGGAGAAACAAACCUUUUUGUAUGUCCAUUUUUCCCCACGUUUCUGCAGCAUUCUUUUGGGGGCCAGAGCACCAAGUUAAAAACCACUGCUCGCUGGACAGUGCUGCAUAAGGUGACCUAAUGGGGAGUCAUCCAAGUGCUGGUCCCCACAUUGUAGAACCCAAACCGCAUCCAACACACCUUUCGUGUAAUUGUAGAGGGCAGUUUGUUUCUGUAAGUCGACAAUCCCCUGUCUGUUAUUUAACUCUCAAAUUACUGUUGUGAGUGCCUGGAAAAAUGGGCUGCGUGUGUAAUAACAUUGAAAUCUAUUUUAAAAAUUGUAAAUGUUCCUUUUAUUAGAUAG